AAAGCCCAGGAAGGAGGGGCAACACUGGGAAGGGGGACUGGAGUGACACAUCCGGUUCUAUAUGAAUCACAGUAUAUAAGCUCCAGCAAGUGCUCUGACGCACACACAGUGCUCUCCCUCACACAGUGCUCUCCCUCACACAGUGCUCUCCCUCACACAGUGCUCUCCCUCACACAGUGCUCUCCCUCACACAGUGCUCUCCCUCACACUCUGCUGCUGGAGGAAUUUACUGUUGUUAUGAGGAUGAGGUUGACCGUGGCCGUUCUGGUUAUGGCAGUGUCCGUGAGCGCUGCCCCACAACCUGGCUUAUGGGACAGCAUCGUCGACGCUGCAAAGAGUGUAGGCCAAAGAGGCAGAGACGCAGCAGAUUUUGCCAAAGGCGCUGCUCAGGGGACAGGAGACAUGAUAAAAGCCUACAGAGACAUGAAGGAGGCCAACUGGCGCGACUCCGACAAGUACUUCCAUUCCCGCGGAAACGCUGACGCAGCCAGUCGUGGGCCAGGAGGAAAAUGGGCUGCCGAGGUGAUCAGUGACACGCGGGAGUUGACAGACCGUCUUAGGGGAGGGACGGCUGCUGACUCCGCCCGUGAUCAAGCGGCCAAUGAAUGGGGCCGUAAUGGUGGUGACCCAAACCGCUACCGCCCACAAGGUCUUCCUGGACAGUACUAACUUAUCUACCCCUGUUGGUACUGGUACACCUGCCUUACCACCACCAAGACCUGCCACCCCUGCCACCACCAAGACCUGCCACCCCUGCCACCACCAAGACCUGCCACCCCUGUCACCACCAAGACCUGCCACCCCUGCCACUACAAACAUCUUCCAUCCCUGCCACUACAAACACCUUCCAUCCCUGCCACUACAUACAUCUUCCAUCCCAACCACUACAAACAUCUUCCAUCCCUGCCACUACAUACACCUUCCAUCCCUGCCACUACAUACAUCUUCCAUCCCUACCACUACAUACAUCUUCCAUCCCUGCCACUACAUACACCUUCCAUCCCUGCCACUACAUACAUCUUCCAUUCCUGCCACUACAUACAUCUUCCAUCCCUGCCACUACAUACACCUUCCAUCCCUGCCACUACAAACAUCUUCCAUCCCUGCCACUACAUACACCUUCCAUCCCUGCUACAACUAACUCUCACAUAAUGUACACCUGCUCAUAAACUCACUGGGGUAAACUAAGUGCUAAACAACAAUAUAUUCACCAACUGUAGACGUUCCACCGUUUACCACGUAAUAUUAUCCAGUAUGACCCAGCGAGAUAAUAAAGUAAAUGAUGUAUA